CAGGGUCCUUUGUGACACGUGGGAUGGCACGGGGCAGGGUGUCACAGGGCCCUUUGUGACACGUGAGGACUUAGUAGUGGUGGUGAGGUGGCCACGCCUCAGUGCUCCUCGGAGCGUGCGACGGGACAGACGGGACAGAGCGGUGCUGUGCGGAGCCCCCGUGCAGCCAACUCGUUCUUUUCUGAGUGGAGCGUUUUGGUGGCUUUUCUGUCUUUCAGGUGUCCUUGAGCCCACACUGCAGGACUUGCUGACCCAUACCGUUUGUUAGGUUUUUCUCUCUUUCAGGUGCCCUCGAGGCCAGACUGCAGGAUUGGGGACCCGGAAAUUUUCCGGAGUCUCCAAUCCCUGCGGUAGGUGGCCUCGAGGGCAGCCUGCCGGACUUGGUGACCCGGAGAUCUUCCGAGGCGUCUCUCUCUUGCAGGGGCCUUCAAGGCCAAGCUGUGAGAUGGCGGGGAGACGCCUGAGCCUGCUCAGGCCCUUUCGGAUGAAGAAGGAAGGCCCUGGAGCUGCUCUAUCCCAGCAGCCUGAGAAGAUGGAGCAGUUGCAUCCCCUGCAGGAAGAUCCAGGCCGGGACCAGACACAAGAACAGGACCGUGCCCGUGGCCGCUUCCGCAGGGCAGCACAGACCUUCCUGAAAUUCUUGGGCAUUCGACGUAAAAGGACCACAACCAGACCAACCGAGGUCAUGGCACAGCCUGACCCCAGCCUGACUGAGCUCGAGGCGGACCCUGAUGUCACCACCACACUGACUGAUGUGACUGAUGACACAGGAAACUCUGAUACCCCGACAAUUGUUCACGCAACAAAGUCUGACCUUGUUUUGAGUGAUGCUACAACAGACCCUGACAGCCCAUCGAUGGAUCGCACUGCAAUCCCUGACAUCCCGUUGAGCGAUGAACACACAAACUCUGGCACUACACCGCCCAAUCUCACUGCGGAGGCCGACACUGCAAUGACCGAGGGCACUGCAGACACUGACCUCGUGCCCAGGGAGAGUGUGAAUUAUGCUCCCACUCCAGAUAUUGCUGAGGAGAAUGGUGUCUCCAGUCCAGAGCAAGUGCCAGCCUUCGUCAGGAACGUGCACCAGAGAAUGACAGCCAACGCGACUCCAGAAGAGAAACUGCUGACGGAGUUUCUGAGGGUGACUGAGGCACACCCUGCUGAUGUUGUGUUCACCCUCCUGCGCUGUGCCCCAUCGUGUGACAGAGCUGCUGCAACCCUGUGGAAGAUCAUCGCCUCAUCGGGAAGGACAGUGGUGAAGGUGCUGCCAGAGCUGCUCCGUGUGAUGCAGAACUGGCCAUGGCUCAGCAGGCCCACCUCCGACGGGGACAAAACACAUGUCUUUGCCCUGGCUGCAACCAGGGUGAUUUGGGAGAUUCUCCAGAUGCUCCAGCGCACAGAGCCAUUGAAAAAGUAUUCCCCCCGUCUCCUCGUGGAGCUGCUCUUCCAGACUUCCAUCAGCCCAGAGCAGACGCCAGAGGAAGUUGACACCUUGUGGAGGGAAUGCCAGAAACAAUGCGACCUUCCAACAGACUCCAAGAGGUUUGCAGUGCUGACCCUGAAGGCCGUGCUUCGUCAUCUGGAGUGUGAAGAUGUCGUGUUUUCAAUGGAACAGAAGCGCGGCUGGGACACGCUCCUCAGCGCCGACACCCACCACUACGCAGUGGGUCUGCUGGCCAGGGAGAUGUGCCGUGCCUCCACUCCCUUGUAUUACCGGAUUGCCUGCCGCCUGCUGAGGCUGCUCACCAGGGAGAAGACCUCCUGGGAGCUUCCUGCCAUGGCAUUCCUUGUGGAGGUCCUGGACUACCCGGACAUGACUGAAUGGAGUGACAUCGUCCUGGAGAUCCUUUCCAGGCACCUGUGGAGCCAGUGCACAGAGAUGCGUCGCCUGGUGCUGAGAAGCCUGGUGGUGCUAAGCAAGGAUCCUGGGAUGGCUGACGGCAUAGAGAGGCUGACACCAAGCCUCAUGGAAGUACUGUGGGAUACAGACAGAGAGCUGGUCAGGAUGGCCCUCUCUGUAUUCAUCAAUGAAGUCCAGGACAGAGACAUCCGAAUCUCCACCCUCACUGCCCUGCAGCUGGCUGAGAUGCUCCAGCCACUCUUUGGCUACGACAACAUCCACGUGCAGGUGCUCUCCAUUAACCUCUUCCAAAAGGUGAUGGAGUUGGGAGUGGAGGAGAGUAAACAACCCCUGAAGACACAUGUCAUCUACAGCCUGCUCCCACUUUUUUUCCACUGGCAUAAUGAGAACCAGGAC